AUCAGGGCUGCGUUCAAUACGUUUUUACGUUCUGGAACGUUCGAUUGAACGGAGACGGUGCUGUACUGAACGAACAGUUGAAAAACGAGGAGGGUUGUGGGUUGGGGAACGCUGUCAGCAUGGCCACUUCCCUUUAAAAACGUCACUCAUUGCUUCAAGCCACACGUCGCCACAUCUACCAAACCGGAGCAAACAUACCUCAGUCUGUUCAAUAACGUUUUGGGAGUAUGUGUCGUUAAGUACGUUUAAGAGAACUGAACGCACCUCUCUCCCUCGCUCUCCCUGCCUCCUAACAUUUUUUAUCUCCCCUCUUUUAGAACAUUGGAUCACGGAGGGGGUUGUAGAAGAUCAACAAGAACGACGACUCAGUAACUAAUCAACCAAACAUCAAUUAGUGAUAGUAGCAACUAGCAACAGUGAAGAAUGUCGACUAAAGAACGGGGUCUGGUUUAUGUAGUCACAGGGGGCUGUGGGUUCCUCGGACAACACCUGUUACAUGUCCUUUUGGAGAAAGAGGAUGCGGUAACGGAAAUUCGACUUUUUGACAAACACAUCGACUCAAGUUUAAAUGGCCACAGCACAGGUAAAGCUAAAAUAUAUGCUUGAAACAUAAAUUGUAAAUGUCUGGCAGUUCACUGACAUGCUCAAACCCCGUCUGUAGUUUUCUUGUCUAAUAAUGUUUUAUGCAUAUUUAAUUGGCAUAACCAUACACCACAUGGGGCUGCUGAGGGUAGAACGGCUCAUAAUAAUGGCCAGAAAGGAGCAAAUGGAAUGGCAUCAAACACAUGGAAACCAUGUGUUUGAUGUAUUUGUUAACAUUGCACUCACUCCUGCUCCAUUUACAUUUUACAUUUUAGUCAUUUAGCAGACGCUCUUAUCCAGAGCGACUUACAGUUAGUAACAUUUUAUUUUUUUAUACUGAGUACAAAUUUUUGUUUUGUUUUUGUAACAAAUUUAAGCUAAAACAUUUGUAAAUGCAUUUAUAUAUCAUGAAACAUAAGACAUUUUCAUUUAACAUAGGUCUAUAAAUUAUUUCAUCCUCUUCAUUUGUCUAUUUUCAAUAAAUUAUCAUAGCUUCAAAAGACUAUAUACCAAAUGGUGGUGUUUACAAUUAGGUUGUAGUGUAGUGGACUGGUUUAACCAAGAUAGCUGUCCAAAAUCUCAGUAUUAAGCACAACUGCAAAAAACUACAAACAUCUAGGUUAUAAUGACAAUGUUAGUUGUCAGCAUCAGUGUACAAUUCCCAGGACUGGGCUUAAGACACUACUGCCAAACCUGAACUUGUUGUUGUAGCACUUGAAAGUCUGGUAUAGAAGCUCCAGUCAUUACCACAAGCCUGUUCUCCCCAAUUAAGGUGUCACCAACCUCCUGUGCCAUACACCUCAACUGGUUUGCAGUUGUGGGACUGGUAGAGUUUUAAACAUGAAAGUUCAGCUACUCUUAAUCCUUAUUCAUGAUGACAAUUAUUCUUUGGCUAAGCUACUCCUAGCAAGACAUAUAGCGGCUCAUGUGGGCAAGACCUGUAAUCUUGAAUGUCCAGGGGUUUAUGCCCUGAGAAGAGGUGGGGUGUCAACUCUUCAGUGAUUGAACAGUUAGGGUCUUUAUCUACCUUAGCACAUUGAAAUGCUUGACUGAAACUGAAAUAACCUAGACUAGAAUCACAUAAACCUUUACCCACAUACAUACCCAAUCAAAUAUAUUCUGGAUAUCAGCUGUAUUCCAUCCAAACUCUCUUUUCUGACACCCUUUAUUUUUGUCUUACACCUUUCUUACUCAUAUUCUCAGGCAUAAUAACAUUCACAUUGAAUUGAGUAACUUUGUACAAACUUAUAUUCCAUUGUCAGUCUUCACUACAGAAACAGAGCCAUAGAGGUGGAGAGUAGGUAGAUGGACUGAGAUGAAGAGAUGGGAGAGCUGAAAGCCAUAUACAUACUAUAGUGUGACAGAGAGAUGAGUUGGCAGAUGUCACUGAAAGGGAAAUGUUAGGAUAGUAAAAGACACUCAGCUGAGGUCACUUCUACAUCUGCAUUGCUUGCUGUUUGGGGUUUUAGGCUGGAUUUCUGUAUAAGCACUUUCUGACAUCUGCUGAUGUAAAAAGGGCAUUAUAACUACAUUUGAUUUGACUGCAUUGGCCUGCAUGAACAAUGUCAUAACAUGAUGGGGUCAUGGACACCGAGAUGGCCAACACCCCUCCUAAUUCCAUUUCCUGUCCUUGAACACUGCAGCCGGCCUAUGUCAUUUCCCAUAACCUGUGACAUGUCACUGUCAUCAUAACAGGAAUCUCCACCUGCACCCUGUCACCUUGUGUGAUUGUUAGGUGACUGUUAGGGCGGUAUGUGGAGAAGGUUGUGCUCAUCACAGAGUGUCAGGGGUUUGUUUAGACAGAGCCUUCCUCCAAACUCAUUGAUACAAGAUCAGUCCAUAGAUGUGGCUUGACUGAUGAGCUAAAUACAUGGCAUUGAUUACAAAUUAAAUCGCUCAUAUAGGCUUACAUUGUUAGUCUUUUACCUCUCAUUGUUAGUAUCUUACCUCUAUUGCCAUAGGCUACGUCCAGGUAAUAUUAGAUCACCUUGUUUUCACUUAAAUACUAAACAUAUAUAUUUUUCCCCUGGUGGGAAUAUGCUUUUCAUGUUGAGCGGAUGUAGGGGCUGAGGAGGAGUUUGCUUUUGCAUUCAAUGGAACAAACUCUUUGUAUACAAUUCAUUAUGUAGGCCAGGGGUAUUCACCUCUCACCCUACAAGGUCUGGAGCCUGCUGGUUUUCUGCUCAACCUGAUUAGGGUAAGAGCGUUGUGCCAGUAACCGAAAGGUCGCUGGUUCUAAUCCCCGAGCCGACUAGGUGAAAAAUCUGUCGAUGUGCCCUUAAGCAAGGCACUUAACCCUAAUUGCUCCUGUAAGUCGCUCUGGAUAAGAGCGUCUGCUAAAUGACUAAAAUGUAAUGUAAAUGUAAUGUAAAUGUCCCAGGUCUAAAUCAGUCCCUGAUUAGAGGGGAACAAUGAAAAAAUGCAGUGGAGCUGGCUUUGAGGUCCAGACUUGAGUUUGAGGGACGUAGGCUAUUCCAAGGCAUGCACAAAGCCUGGUGGCUGGUAGUAUUCAUAUAGCCCAGCCAGGGGGAGACCUAUAGUACACUUUAUGUAAUCAGAGCUCAUAGUCUAGUUCUAAUCUCACUGUAACAGUGAAAAGAUCAACAAGAUGUUGUGAUUGAAUGAGAUUUGCAACUUAACAUUGAGCCUUUGCUUGGAAUGUUUCUAAAGUAUUUGCAUGCUGUAGGUUCUCUUUAGAUAUGAAGCAUAGACAUGUUUUCACAGAAGGUGUAUGAGUGAUUUUAAAACGAUAAACAAAACAAACCAUGAAUUUAACUUUGUUAUUGGUGUAUAUGUUGCGUAGCGUGGGAACCGCUGCGGCUCCCGAGUGGCGCAACAAUCUAAGGCACUGCAUCUCAGUGCUAGAUGCGUCACUACAGACCCCCUGGUUCGAUUCCAGGCUUUAUCACAAUCCUGCUGUGGUUGGGAGUCCCAUAGGGCGGCACACAAUUCGCCCAGCGUCGUCCGGGUUUGGCCGGGGUAGGCCGUCAUUGUAAAUAAGAAUUUGUUCUUAACUGAAUUUCCUAGUACAAAAAUAAAUAAUAAUCUAAUUUAGUUACAGUAGCCUAGUAAGAGAGGGGCUUGUGAACUUCAGAGGACGAGGUUGACUGAAGUGUUCACUUCCUGUAAUUACUUCAUUUACAGUUGCUGUAAUGGGUAAUUACAAACCCUAGCUUUAGUUUGGUUCAAUGGAAAUCAUAAAAGAAGUGUGUGCUACACAACCAAGCCUUUGAGGCAGAGCUAAAAGAGAGCGCUGCUGUAGUGUGACUUCAAGGCAAGAGUGUGUUUUUUAAGAGUCGAGACCAUUCCUGUGGUUACUUGGACUCCAGCCCCAUCCUGGCUUCAUAGUCAUCAGAUAUAUUUCAAGGCCAUGAUCUAGAUAAGCCAAGCCAGGAACAGCACAUUGAGAAUAGGGGCAGCUUCUUUUCCAUCUUAUCAUUCCAAGAAUGAAAGACAGAACAAACAGACAAUUGCUCUCAAAAGACACAUUUGUGAAGAACGUGAUUUUGUUGUGACCCACCUACCGGUAUUACAAUAAACAUAAAGAACUUGUAUGAAAAUACGUUUAAUUGUGGUGGGGUGAUUGGGUCUUUUGUAGCAACAUCAGAUUACACUUUUUCCAGAAACAGAGACCGAGAGAGAUAGUUCCUCAGUGGACCCAGCUCUUGUUAGGUUGCUAGGCAAUGUAGGAUCCGAUUUAGAGGAAACAAAUUAACACUCAAAGUCAAAGAAUAAUUCAUAUAGCCAUGGAAACAUGCAUAGAAAGGCUUGGUCCCUCCCCAAACACUACAUCUGUACCUAGACAUUCUAACUACAAUAGGCUAUUAUUAUGUACAUGAUGUCCAUGUCUUGUUGUACAAUCUCAAUCUAGGAUCAAUUGUAUUAUUGUGCAAUGUAGAUCAGUUUAUAGAUAUCUCAUUCCGGUGAAAACAAUCUAUUUUACACUAUGCCUAACAUCUAUUCUCCCUCUCUCCCCCGUCUCUCCACCCUCAGAGCAGGUAAAGGUGGUGGUGACGCAGGGGGACAUUACAGAUUACUCCAGUGUCCUGGAGGUGUCCAAGGGGGCAGACCUGGUCAUCCACACGGCCAGCCUGGUGGAUGUCUGGCACAGAGUCCCUGAGACAGUCAUCCAGGCUGUGAAUGUUCAAGGUAAGGGUUCAGACACAGCAAUAACGUUCACUGGCCCAGAGUACUUAGCACCUCUGAACGUAAUUUGGGUACUGAGUGCGCACCGAUUUUAUAUGUAGAAUCGCAUAAAAAAAUGUUGUCAGUCAGACGUCUGCAGCGGGAGGUCCCUAAAACCCAGCGCGCUGAACGGUGGGCAGACAAACACUAGACCAACACUUAGUGCGAUGUGUGGAAGCCUUAAGACACAGGAGGAUUUAUGAAGAAGGGAAUGGAAAAUAUGUAGAGGAAAAGGGAAAGAAGAGGGAGAAAUGGUUGCCUUGGAGAUGAUUGAUGAGAGAAGGAGACAAACAGGAUGGAUGGGUUGUCUUGACUGCAAAUGAAUACAACAGCAGCAACCGUUAUGGAGAAAUAGUACUCUCAAUAAAGCUCUGUUCCAAAACCCAUGAAAUAGUGUUCCCUAAAGUUAACCCUGCCCAGAGAAUUAUAGGCUAUGAGUUUGAGUGAUUCAUGGCAUAACCCACGUUUUUCCUGUAUGCCUGUCGCCUCUCCCUUCCUAUAGUGCCUGGUGUUUUCCUCUGAACAUUCUGACUAUAAUAGUGCCACUUGAGUCUGUUAACGGGUGUCAACUACAACAAUGGUUUUAUAUUGAGCAAACAUAAACAUAGAGAAAUAAUGACUUUAUUUGUGUAUGUAGUGGGUAAAUGUGUGUGUGAGUCUCCAUGAGAGGGCCUGUUUAUAGUUAUUGUGUGUGUGUGUGUGCUUGCCAUGAGUCUUUUACAGCCAUUUCAAACUCAUCUCAAAAGGUUUUACAUCUCACGAUAAGGUUAGUGCCAGCCUGUCAGGUGGUUUUCAUGCAACUGAAUUACCAACAAACUCACAUUACUGAAGCGAAUCAGCUGCUCUCCCAGUGAUCCACUGCAAGUCAUCUGGUUUCUAUUAAACUAACAACACUGACACUUUGUUUCCAGUUUGUGGUUAUUCUAUGUGUUCCCCGUCUGGUGGGUGUGGUGUCUCACUGUCCCAGAUCUGGGCAUCUGUCCCAUAGUUCUGCUCUUCGUCUCUUGGAAACUGUGACAAACAUUUUCCUCACAGGUAUAGCCGUUUGUAUGAGUUAGUGUAAUUACUGUAUAUCAGAUGUAAUGUUUCAAAACCUUCUAGGACGUUUGUGUUGAGCUCUGAGAAAACACAUUUAUCAUCCAGGGCUAGUUCAUCGUCUGCCAACAUCUCUGACCAGAUGUUCUGCACGCACUUCCUGUUGACCGCAUCACACCCUGGCCCUUUCUUUCUGCAAUCAAAUCAAUGAUAAUCUCUAGUUAUUGUCCUCUAGAAUGUUUCUCAAUAUUUUUCUCUUCCUCUCUCCGUCUCUCUAACAGGAACUGUGAAUGUGAUCAAUGCCUGUGUGGAGAAUGGUAUCCAGUAUCUGGUCUACACCAGCAGCAUGGAGGUGGUCGGCCCCAAUGUGAAAGGAGACCCCUUUAUCAGGUAGAGUUUUAUUUAAUUUAUCGGUUUCUCCUUAGGCUUUCAUCUGCAUAUUUUUCCUCUUUCCACUAAAUCGCUACCUCUCCUCCAUCUCUUUUGUCUAGCCCAUAUGGUAGAGAUUUCCCUUAUCUGUAUUAUAUCAGGCAUGUGACUGUUUAUUAUUUUCUGAUUUCUCUAUGAAUUCAUAUGUCUCUAUUCCUCCAUAAUUCUCCAUCGAGAGAAAUGUACUGCGAGGAGAGAUACAUAAAGAGGUAGAUACAGUGAGGGGGAAAAAGUAUUUGAUCCCCUGCUGAUUUUGUACGUUUGCCCACUGACAAAGAAAUGAUCAGUCAAUAAUUUUAAUGGUAGGUUUAUUUGAACAGUGAGAGACAGAAUAACAACAACAAAAUCCAGAAAAACGCAUGUCAAAAAUGUUAUAAAUUGAUUUGCAUUUUAAUGAGGGAAAUAAGUAUUUGACCCCGUCUCAAUCAGAAAGAUUUCUGGCUCCCAGGUGUCUUUUAUACCGGUAACGAGCUGAGAUUAGGAGCACACUCUUAAAGGGAGUGCUCCUAAUCUCAGUUUGUUACCUGUAUAAAAGACACCUGUCCACAGAAGCAAUCAAUCAAUCAGAUUCCAAACUCUCCACCAUGGCCAAGACCAAAGAGCUCUCCAAGGAUGUCAGGGACAAGAUUGUAGACCUACACAAGGCUGGAAUGGGCUACAAGACCAUCGCCAAGCAGCUUGGUGAGAAGGUGACAACAGUUGGUGCGAUUAUUCGCAAAUGGAAGAAACACAAAAGAACUGUCAAUCUCCCUCGGCCUGGGGCUCCAUGCAAGAUCUCACCUCCUGGAGUUGCAGUGAUCAUGAGAACGGUGAGGAAUCACCCAGAACUACACGGGAGGAUCUUGUCAAUGAUCUCAAGGCAGCUGGGACCAUAGUCACCAAGAAAACAAUUGGUAACACACUAUGCCGUGAAGGACUGAAAUCCUGCAGCGCCCGCAAGGUCCCCCUGCUCAAGAAAGCACAUAUACAUGCCCGUCUGCAGUUUGCCAAUGAACAUCUGAAUGAUUCAGAGGAGAACUGGGUGAAAGUGUUGUGGUCAGAUGAGACCAAAAUCGAGCUCUUUGGCAUCAACUCAACUCGCCGUGUUUGGAGGAGGAGGAAUGCUGCCUAUGACCCCAAGAACACCAUCCCCACCGUCAAACAUGGAGGUGGAAACAUUAUGCUUUGGGGGUGUUUUUCUGCUAAGGGGACAGGACACCUUCACCGCAUCAAAGGGACGAUGGACGGGGCCAUGUACCGUCAAAUCUUGGGUGAGAACCUCCUUCCCUCAGCCAGGGCAUUGAAAAUGGGUCGUGGAUGGGUAUUCCAGCAUGACAAUGACCCAAAACACACGGCCAAGGCAACAAAGGAGUGGCUCAAGAAGAAGCACAUUAACAACUACUUCUCAGAUAGAGUUCAGUGUGUCAAAUCGGAGGGCCUGUUGUCUGGACCUAUGGCAGUCUCUAUGGGGGUGCCACAGGGUUCAAUUCUUGGGCCGACACUUUUCUCCGUGUAUAUCAAUGAUGUCGCUCUUGCUGCUGGUGACUCUCAGAUCCACCUCUACGCAGACGACACCAUUUUGUAUACAUCUGGCCCUUCAUUGGACACUGUGUUAACAAACCUCCAAACGAGCUUCAAUGCCAUACAACACUCCUUCAGUAGCCUCCAACUGCUCUUAAACACUAGUAAAACUAAAUGCAUGCUUUUCAAUCGAACGCUGCUGGCACCCGCCCACCCGACUAGAAUCACCACUCUUGACGGGUCUGACCUAGAGUAUGUGGACAACUACAAAUACCUAGGUGUCUGGUUAGACUGUAAACUCUCCUUCCAGACUCACAUAAGGAAUCUCCAAUCCAAAGUUAAAGCUAGAAUCGGCUUCCUAUUUCGCAACAAAGCCUCCUUCACUCAUGCUGCCAAACAUGCCCUCGUAAAACUGACUAUCCUACCGAUCCUUGACUUCGGCGAUGUCAUUUACAAAAUAGCCUCCAACACUCUACUCAGCAAAUUGGAUGUAGUCUAUCACAGUGCCAUCCGUUUUGUCUCCAAAGCCCCAUACGCUACCCACCACUGUGACCUGUACGCUCUUGUUGGCUGGUCCUCACUACAUGUUCGUCGUCAAACCCACUGGCUCCAGGCCAUCUAUAAAUCACUGCUAGGCAAAUCCCCGCCUUAUCUUAGCUCAUUGGUCACCAUAGCAGCACCCACCCGUAGUCUGCGCUCCAGCAGGUAUAUCUCACUGAUCAUUCCCAAAGCCAACACCUCCUUUGGCCGCCAUUCCUUCCAGUUCUCUGCUGCCAAUGACUGGAACGAAUUGCAAAAAUCUCUGAAGCUGGAGACUCUUAUCUCCCUCACUAACUUUAAGCGUCAGUUGUCAGAGCAGCUUACCGAUCACUGCACCUGUACACAGCCCACCUGAAAUUAGCCCACCCAACUACCUCAUCCCUAUAUUGUUAUUUAUUUUGCUCUUUUGCACCCCAGUAUCUCUAUUUGCACAUAAUCUCUUGCACAUCUAGCAUUCCAGUGUUAAUACUAUUGUAAUUAUUUUGCACUAUAGCCUAUUUAUUGCCUUACCUCCAUAACUUGCUACAUUUGCACACACUGUAUAUAUAUUUUCUGUUGUAUUUUUGACUUUAUGUUUUUUACCACAUAUGUAACUCUGUGUUUUUUGUUUUUAUCGCACUGCUUUGCUUUAUCUUGGCCAGGUCGCAGUUGUAAAUGAGAACUUGUUCUCAACUGGCUUACCUGGUUAAAUAAAGGUUAAAUAAAAAAUAAAAUAAAAAAUAAAAGGUCCUGGAGUGGCCUAGCCAGUCUCCAGACCUUAAUCCCAUAGAAAAUCUGUGGAGGGAGUUGAAGGUUCGAGUUGCCAAACAUCAGCCUCGAAACCUUAAUGACUUGGAGAAGAUCUGCAAAGAGGAGUGGGACAAAAUCCUUCCUGAGAUGUGUGCAAAUCUGGUGGCCAACUACAAGAAACGUCUGACCUCUGUGAUUGCCAACAAGGGUUUUGCCACCAAGUACUAAGUCAUGUUUUGCAGAGGGGUCAAAUACUUAUUUCCCUCAUUAAAAUGCAAAUCAAUUUAUAACAUUUUUGACAUGCGUUUUUCUGGAUUUUUGUUGUUGUUAUUCUGUCUCUCACUGUUCAAAUAAACCUACCAUUAAAAUUAUAGACUGAUCAUUUCUUUGUCAGUGGGCAAACGUACAAAAUCAGCAGGGGAUCAAAUACUUUUUCCCCCUCUCUGUAGACAGGUCAGGGGAAAGAUGGGAGAUAGAGAGAGAGAAUAGAAAGAUUAUUAUUAUUAUUAUUAUUAGAGAGACAUGAAAGCGAGAGAGAGCAUUCCAGUCAUAGUGUUGCGUUAAGGUCUAGUAGAUGAUGGACAUUAAGCAGAGCCCACAUCAAGGCACAUUUCCUUCAUCCCUCCCUCUCUUACACAGACAAAAGGACCAGCCUCUCUGAUGUGGCAGACAUGUUAUCCUAUACACUGAGAAUACAAAACAUUAAGAACACUUGCUCUUUCCAUGACAGACUGACCAGGUGAAAGCUAUGAUCCCUUAUCGAUGUCACUUGUUAAAUCCACUUCAAUCAGUGUAGAUGAAGGGGAGGAGCCUGGUUAAAUAAUAAUUUUGAAGCCUUGAGAUAAUUGAGACAUGGACUGUGUAUGUGUGCCAUUCAGAGGGUGAAUGGGCAAGACAAAAUAUUUAAGUGCCUUUGAACGGGGUAAGGUAGAAGGUGCCAGGCGCACCGGUUUGUGUCAAGAACUGCAACGCUGCUGGGUUUUUCAUGCUCAACAGUUUCCCGUGUGUAUCAAGAAUGGUCCACCCAAAGGACAUGCAGCCAACUUGACACAACUGUGGGAAGCAUUGGAGGCAACAUGGGCCAGUAUCCCUGUGGAACGCUUUCAACACCUUGUAGAGUCCAUGCCCCGAUGAAUUGAGGAUGUUCUGAGGGCAAAAGGGGGUGCAACUCAAUAUUAGGAAGGUGUUCCUAAUGUUUGGUAAACUCAGUGUAUGUCAUUAUAGGUCUGGUAUUUGAACUUGCCCUCUGUCUGUGUUUAGGAAUGUACGUAUCACAUAUGGUCCCUAUAAGAAGAUAAGUGGGUAGGUGAUUAAGAUGAUGACAGUCAGUAGUAGCUAUGAUGAACAUCACAGGAUAGAAUUCAUCUGCACCAUUGAAUUGAAGCUGCACAUUGCCAGUUCAGUAUGAACAUAGCCAGGCCAAUGUACUUUGCAAUGCUGUGUGAUGACGUCAGAAAAACUGUGUGGCAACAGUAACUCAAUCAUAAUAACAGGUAGAGCCCUGUGUUAGGUAAUAGGCUCAGGUACACAACGCCUUAGUAAUAAGUGGACUGGAAGGGAGUUAGAGAAACACGUUUCUAUUAAAGCACUGUCUGAUUAUACCUGCUUUAGGUUGGCAGGUGCUGGGAGGCUGUUGAUGUUUUUGUGUAGUCAUAACAUUUCAGAUGCAGUUAAAAACACAAGUCAUACCAAGGAAUUAGAGUGAAAGAGAGGGGGGGGGGUGAGGGAAAUAGUUGAUCACCAGCCAAGCCUGAAAUCGUCCUGCCAGCUGUCACGCGUUGAUAACUUGAACAUAUUUUCCAGAUGCUGACAGAGACCGACAGAUGCGCACACACACAAAAACACUGUGGGUUUGCAUAUGUGUUUGGCAUUCUCUUCCUUUUCACAUCACCUAAAGCACUCACAGUACCUGGAACAAUGUCUGCCAGUCUUUGCCGGCAUGACUGGCUUUGCUAAAAUAUUCACAGAAACAACACCAUGAAAACUGCCAAUGUUUUCCCUGCCCCCCCCCCCUCCUCUCUCUCUCUUUCAUGCACAGAGGUGAUGAAGACACGGUGUACAAUGUUUAUCAUGAGAUGCCCUACCCCAGGAGCAAGGCCAAGGCAGAGAAACUGGUGCUGGAGGCCAACGGCAAUAAGGUACUUGUAUUAACACAUCACACCUCAUACAAAGAUGCGGUAAUAACACACACACACAGACCAACUCAUGGUACCUUUAAUGGUACCAUCAUUAAUAGACUGAUUCAGAUAGGGAAUCCCUUUAUUCAGAUACUUAUUUUCUCUCUAUUUGACUGAACUGCUCAAAUAGGUACCACAGAACACAAAUAUACAGUGGCCUGUGAAAGUAUUCACCCCCCCCCCCCCCCCCCCCCUUGGCAUUUUUUAUAUUUUGCUGCCUUACAACCUGGAAUUAAAAUUGUUUUGGGGGGGGUUUGUAUCAUUUAAUUUACACAACAUGCCUACCACUUUGAAGAUGCAAAAUAUUUUUUCUUGUGAAAUAAGACAAAAAAACAGAACUUGAGCGUGCAUAACUAUUCACCCCCCCCAAAGUCAAUACUUUGUAGAGCCACCUUUUGCAGCAAUUACAGCUGCAAGUCUCUUGGGGUAUGUCUCUAUAAGCUUGGCACAUCUAGCCACAGGGAUUUUUGCCCAUUCUUCAAGGCAAAACUGCUCCAGCUCCUUCAAGUUGGAUGGGUUCCGCUGGUGUACAGCAAUCUUUAAGUCAUACCACAGACUCUCAAUUGGAUUGAGGUCUGGGUUUUGACUAGGCCAUUCCAAGACAUUUAAAUGUUUCCCCUUAAACCACUUGAGUGUUGCUUUAGCAGUAUGCUUAGGGUCAUUGUCCUGCUGGAAGGUGAACCUCCGUCCCAGUCUCAAAUCUCUGGAAGACUGAAACAGGUUUCCCUCAAGAAUUUCCCUGUAUUUAGCGCCAUACAUAAUGCCUUCAAUUCUGACCAGUUUCCCAGUCCCUGCCGAUGAAAAACAUCCCCACAGCAUGAUGCUGCCACCACCAUGCUUCACUGUGGGGAUGGUGUUCUCGGGGUGAUGAGAGGUGUUGGGUUUGCGCCAGACAUAGCGUUUUCCUUGAUGGCCAAAAAGCUCUAUUUUAGUCUCAUCUGACCAGAGUACCUUCUUCCAUAUGUUUGGGGAGUCUCCCACAUGCCUUUUGGCGAACACCAAACGUGUUUGAUUAUGUUUUUUCUUUAAGCAAUGGCUUUUUUCUGGCCACUCUUCCAUAAAGCCCAGCUCUGUGGAGUGUACAGCUUAAAGUGGUCCUAUGGACAGAUACUCCAAUCUCCGCUGUGGAGCUUUGCAGCUCCUUUAGGGUUAUCUUUGGUAUCUUUGUUGCCUCUGAUUAAUGCCCUCCUUGCCUGGUCCGUGAGUUUUGGUGGGCGGCCCUCUCUUGGCAGGUUUGGUGUGGUGCCAUAUUCUUUCAAUUUUUUAAUAAUGGAUUUAAUGGUGCUCCGUGGGAUGUUAAAAGUUUCUGAUAUUUUUUUUAACCCAACCCUGAUCUGUACUUCUCCACAACUUUAUCCCUGACCUGUUUGGAGAGCUACUUGGUCUUCAUGGUGCCGCUUGCUUGGUGGUGCCCCUUGCUUAGUGGUGUUGCAGACUCUGGGGCCUUUCAGAACAGGUGUAUAUAUACUGAGAUCAUGUGACACUUAGAUUGCACACAGGUGGACUUUAUUUAACUAAUUAUAUUACUUCUGAAGGUAAUUGGUUGCACCAGAUCUUAUUUAGGGGCUUCAUAGCAAAGGGGGUGAGUACAUAUGCACACACCACUUUUCCGUUAUACAUUUUUUUCAUUUCACUUCACCAAUUUGGACUGUUUUGUGUAUGUCCAUUACAUGAAAUCUAAAUAAAACAAAAUAGGAAAAACGCCAAGGGGGAUGAAUACUUUUGCAAGGCACUGUACUAUAGUAAUCCAUGAAAAAAAUGUUUUGGAGCUGAUGUUGCAUGUAAGAAUUUGUUGGCCAAUUGGCAUAUUUGUGCAGUUACUCUGCGCGAAAAACGAAUAUUUUUGAGUUCUGAUAAAUUGUAGAAUUCUUUUCCACUUCACUGUUACUCUGCCAAAAAACGGUUUAAGUGUUCCCUUGUGACCUUGUGUGUUAGACUGUUUUCCUUUCCCGUCCGCUCCCAUCAGUUUCUAAUGUUCUGUUACCACAUCGUUCCUCUCCUUUCUCUGGCCAGGUGAAUGGAGGGGCCUGCUUGUACACAUGCUCCCUCCGUCCCACAGGGAUCUAUGGUGAGCAGCACCAGCUGAUGAGGGACUUCUAUGAGAUUGGGUGUGAGGACAGGGGGCUGGAUCAUUCGAGGCGUCCCACAGGACACGGAACAUGGUCGUGUCUAUGCAGGUGAGUCCUGAAACCCGUGCUGAUCCCUAGCCACACCUACAAGAUCUUUAAAGAGAAAUCAUGAGUCAUCUUGUUAGCUGAUUUUCUACUGGGCAGUUGGUUAUGUACCAAGAUGGCACCUUAACUAGUGGUAUGCAUGUUCUCAGCAUAAUUCUCCUUUUUUGUUCAGGCAACGUGGCUUGGAUGCAUCUGCUGGCUGCUCGCUCCCUGAGAGAGCGCCCCCAAAGGCUUGGAGGGGAGGUUUACUUCUGCUAUGACGACUCACCCUACAAGAGUUAUGAGGAUUUCAACAUGCAGUUCCUGUCUGGGUUCAACUUCCGCCAGGUUCGUGUGCCACUGUUGGUGCUGUGGGUCGUGGCCUGCCUGAAUGACCUGCUCCGCUGGGUGCUGAAACCUGUGUGCAGCUACACACCAUUACUCAACCGCUACACACUCGCCGUGGCCAGCACCUCCUUCACAGUGGGUUCAGACAAGGCCCAGCGCCACUUCCAGUACCGCCCCCUCUAUGACUGGGACCAGUGCAAGGCCCGCACACAGAGAUGGGUGGACACAUUUCCCUUCGCAGGCCCCAAGGAAUCCUGAUCUGGGCUGAUCUGCUGGGCGGAACCUGGUCUGGGCUGAACCAAUGCACCACACAUCAUAACCUGGAAUGAGAGGACUUUCUCUGAUUUAUAUUCUCACUAGGUUUGCUCCAUCAUAAGCAGUAUUAUCAUUACAUGUAUGCAAACGAACUCUUGACCCCUGAACUCUUAAACCCUGAACCAUGACCUCCUGCACUUGUUCUUCAAAAAUGUUGUUAUUCCAGCUGAGUUAUGUCCUCCUACCUGUCACUACUUGUGGCUAGCCUGUAGCUCCUCAGGCAAAAUGAUGAAAAGGCAUGUUCCACACUGAAAUGGGUCACUUAUCCAUCACAUGAGACCCUUCCCAGCCCUUAAUAAGAGAUUAUGCAUUGGACAUUCAAUAUAAAUAGUUUGGGGCUUCAUCGGACAUUGCAAUAUCCAUCUUCUUAAAAAAGGUGUAGAUAUGUGAUUGUAGUCAUAAAAGGGCAUAGGUAUGUGAUAUGGGAAAGCUGCUCAUUAAUUAUUUUGAGUCUAUCUUCAGCAAUACACAGUGCAAAACAUUGCUGUACAUAUUUCGCAAUACAUACAUACAUUAAAAUGCAAUACAUUUUUCAUAAAACAUCAUCACUACAUAGACUUGAUCUGUUUUUGUUGAGAAGAGUGCUGGUACAGAAAAUAAGUAUUAAACAUGCAUUAAUGCACACAGAGAAUAUUGUUGUAAUUAUAAAUGUCUGAAUAUGUUCUAUGUGGUUGUAGAGUUU